AUUUUUACUUGAAGUUAUAAUCACCGAACAACAAUCAAAUCAAGGCAUAAAAGUAGCAUUUUUUAAAAUGAUUAAUGAAAUUUAAUACGUUUGCAACUGCUAUAAUAUGAAAACAAAACAGUAUAACAUCAGUAGUGAUGCCGCUGUCAUGUGGAUUAGACAUCACGAAGUUCAUGGAAGAAUGUUAUUAAGAAAGAUUACGGGGUUGUUUAUUAAUGUUGUUAGUGUAUUAGCGAUACCCCAGUCUCCAUGUCCUAACUAUUUUGGCUACAAAACUGGGACUCAGGGAGAGUUUGUUGGUAUCAUAAGGGUACCGACUUCACUCAUCUCAAUUCCUAUCACUCUUAAAGUUGAGCUGGCAAUUAGAGUUGCCCUAAAAACUAAGUACGUUGGUAUAUUGAUGCUAUCUGAACACCCAACGGUGGUAUUGGGGAAUAUAAUGAAUUAUAAGGCAAAAUCAAUAAACUACACAAUUAGAUUCCCUUUACCUAGUCCUCUGCCCUACCUUCAGAAGAUCCAAGUUAACAACAAAACUUUGUGCAUUGGCAAAAAUAUCUCUUCGUUAAACUAUGUAUUUGGAGGAGUAACAACUAAAAUUUUAUUGGAACAUACGUUUCCAGCUAAUCCAAACAUUGGUCCGAAUAAAAUACGCGAUGAUGUUUCCCUUAUGGCAGCAGACGAGGGAUAUACGGUUAGAAGGAUAGGUGAAAGCUGUGAUGUUAACGAUUUAACAGGUAGAGGGAACCAUAGCUGGCCUUGGUUAGCUGCUAUCUUUGUAAAAGAUGAGUCAGGUAUUAGAUUCCAGUGCGCAGGCAGUUUGAUAACGAACAGGCAUUUAGUCACAGCUGCCCAUUGCAUGAAGAACCAUAAAAACAAUAAUUGGAAUAAAGACAAUUUUGAAAUUUACUUCGGAAACCACAAUGUAGAAGAUCUGAAAAGUUCAAGCACCAGAGUUCGUCAGGUUGAUAAUAUUAUUAUUCACCCCGAAUACAAUGAGACGAACUAUGUGGCAGAUAUAGCUGUGAUGGAAUUCAGAACUAUACAUUAUGAUGAAUACAUAAGCCCUAUCUGUUUAUGGGAUGGAGGGAUGUCACUUAAACCUUUACUUGGCCGUAUGGGAACAGUUGUAGGUUGGGGGUUAGAUAGAACUAAACGGAAAACGAAGAAGGUACCAGAAAUAUUCCAACUACCGAUUGUGGACCAAGCAGAAUGCCUAAGGAGCAGGAAAGAAUUUUUAUACAUAACAUCAGAAAGAACCAUUUGUGCUGGUUUAAGAAAUGGUACUGGACCUUGCAGUGGAGACAGUGGAAGUGGCCUUCUUAUAUUAUCAAACAAAAGGAAUUCAUCAAUUUGGUACUUAAGAGGCAUAAUUAGCUUGUCACUGCUAGACCGAAAUCAAGAAACUUGCAAUUUAAAUGAAUACAUAGUAUUUACAGACGUGGCCAGGUUUAAUCAUUGGUUAAAAAAUGUCACAAAGCACUAAAUUAUUUCUUUAAUUAGAAAUUAUUGGGUCAAUAAACAAAUAAGCUAUUGUUUCUUCGAAAACAAUUAGUUAUAAACACCGAGCGAAACCGGCGGGGUAGUGGUGACAUAUUAGAAUCUUAUGUCAGACGAAUUUGAGCCACGGGUAAAAAAGUAAAAAUGAGUAUCACCCCUGAUCGCAGUAACUACUGAACCUUCAAAGAAAUGAUUUUUUUGCAUAUAUGGUAUGAUAUAUAUAUACUUCUGAUGAGACAGAGGAAGAAGGAUAAUGUUGUAACGUCUGAAAAGAUACUCGCAAAUGAUGAAAAAAUUUUAAAAUUGUUUUCUGACUUAAAUAAAACCGAAGAUUAGAGCCAAGGAAUUAGCCAAAUUUACAGAAAAGUAAAAGUAAGUGAUAAAUCAGAAGUGAAACUUUAAGAACAUGUUAAUUUUGCAUUUCCUAUGAAAUAAAUAUGCACAUUAACAUGUUUGCUGCAAUUAGAUGGAGCAGAGAAAUAAAAUAAAUUCUAUAAUGCAAUGAAAAGUAUCCUAAGUUGAUGAAGCCUGGAUCAUAAGAAAUAUUUAUAUUUAUGUAUAUUUAUUGUAAUUUACGUAUAUGUAUUUAAACCCUACUUCAAGUCAAUUAAUUAUUUUAUUUAAUUCAAUAAAAUUUAUAGUUCAUCUAUUAACCAUAAACACUCAGGUUUUAAUUACAUGUCUGUAUGUAAAAAUGUGUAUAUGGAAUAUACUUUCUAUGAUUUGUAUUACAAAUAAACUUUUAAUAUUGAGUAACAAUA